AUGAAUGAUUAUGUUCAAGGUUAUGUGCCUUCCCCUCCUCCAUUUAAAUUAUAUUUUGGUGGAUUUGCUUCUGAGUAUGAUUUUUAUAUGUGGAAUGUAACACUGGAUUAUGACACUAAAAAGAACUACGUAAAAAUAAGCUCUAAACAUUAUAAUAAUGGUGCCCUUUAUGUUAUGAAUAAUAAUGUGACUUGGUCUUUGAAUCAAACAUUUCAUGUUAUUACGAAAAUAACAGAGAAAAAAAAUACUGGUAAUCAACUUGAUGGGGAUUUUCUUCCACCUACUUCAUUAUAUUUAGAACUUGCAUCUAUGGGAUAUGGCAUGGAAAAUGAUGCAAUCAUUAAGGAUAAUGACAUUCCAAAAUUUAUCGAUUGUUUUCUUGGUAUUCCUGUAAACGAUCCAGAUAGUUUUGAAACUUUUCUUGCCACUGGUGGUCUAGCUGAUUUUCCGCCAAAUUAUAUUACUUUAACACCGAUGGGAAGAGUACUAAUGAACUCAGUAAUAAAUGUGUAUAAAUAUAUAGAAUUACGAAAUAAAGCAAUUAAUAUUGCACUUCAAGAUCUAUCAGCUUCCGGUAUUAGAAUGGUCGAUGAAUUAACACCUAUUAAAGUAGAAAAAAGACACAAAGGAUUUCUGUCAAUUGGCAUGUUUACGUUUGUUGUCUGGGCUGCUUUUAUAUUUGCCUCUGCUGAGUUUGGCCCAUUUGUCCCAUAUGUUUUUAAAGAAGAAGAUGAAAUCGAAAUUGACCAAUUAUUAUUAGACCAAAAUAUAGGUAUAUUGGAAGGUUAUUUGCCAAAUAUACGUAAUGGAUCAAUAGAAACUAUGCUUGCCAAUCGUGAUAGUAUAUUUUAUAAUGGUAGUUAUUCUUUAUUAGAUAACUUCGCAAAUCCUAUUAAUCAGUGUGGACAAAAUGUUAGUGACUGUGAAGAAAACAGGUUGGCAGCUAUAUUUAAACCCAAUUUGACAGAAACCUUUGCAAGUUAUAUAAUUAACUAUUAUAAUGGUGUUGUAUGCUCUCAUCAGAGUAGUCUCUAUGCAAGAUCAGUAUGUUGCAGAGCAUAUAAAGAAUGCCUAUGUUGUCGUUUAGUCAAUUCACCAAUUCCUGGUUGUCAGAAUAAUUGUGUAAUCGCUGGUGGACGAGAUAAUGAUGGCGGAGGAUAUAAUUGGGAUCAACUUCAAUUUGUAAAUAAAUACAUAGAUCCAAACAGAUUAAGUCUAACAGCACAUUUAAGACAAAUUGAUUGCCCAACAAAUGAUGAUUAUUUUAACAAACAAAGUUGCCAUGAGUCUGAAGAUGGUGCUUGUUAUGGUUAUCUUAAAUUUGAUGGUAGCAAUAAUUGCGAUGAAUGGUAA